UUUGUAAAUUAGAACUUUGAUUUUGAAAGUUUUUGAAUUAAAUUGGAAUAAAUCACAGUUUGUGGCACUUUUAGUACUUGAUCGAAUUCUUUUGAGUUUGACUUGAAUUUUUUGAAUCAAGCAAAGACGCGAAUUUUGUUUCUGAGUCGACUAUGAAUGAUGUGUAAUUGACAGCUCAAAAGUUAAUUUUGAUUUUUGUGUUUAAAAAAUGUGCAUUUGUGGUAUUUUAAGCUCCGUAGAAAUGUACUUAUGUUAACCUGUACGGAGGAGAUUCCCGUGAUCAUUUCUGCGAGCAUCAUAGCAUGUCCGGUGGAUUCAUCGGCCAAGAACACAGACCUCAUUUCGCCUUUUUCCGAGAGACAAGCCCUACAUAUCUUAUUUAUAUCAAACACGCUUGGCUCUAUUUUAACCUCCAUCGCAAAGUUAAAUUACAUCACAAACAUAAACACAACAAAAGAUGCACAAACACGCAAAGUAAAUGGCGAAAAUAGAUUCUUCCACUGGUCGAUUGUGUCCAAGACGUACUGAAAUGUGAUCGGGGGAGAUCGACGGUUUCCGACACCCAUCAUGCCUUGCGCAUUUUCAAACAGUUUUAUCAUUUUACCCUAAGAAUCAACAAUUUUACACGUUUUGAGUCUUGUAAAACGCUAGAGUUUAAUAAAAUGUAGUUUUUCACACGUGAGGUGUUUAGUUUUAGGAAAGAAAACAGUUUUUGUGUGAGAAAAUGAUAACGAGUGUGGCGCCACCUACAAACCCGAACGCAUUUUGACAUUUGACAUUUAUAAAAUGACUUCGAACGUCAGGGCGUUCACUCAAAAAUUAUCAAAACACAAUGCCGCCGAUGUUCGUCGCAAUGUAGCGUGUCAUAAAGGUGGCGUAAUUUCGCCAUCUUCCUCAAGUUGGACUAACGAUGUGGUGGACCCCAUCGACUUUGAGGAGUUUUUAAGCCAAUACCAGAAUUUAAUCGAUCGGGACCCUUUAAGACAAAUUCUAGAUGUGCCCCAGGGAGAUGUUGAAGUUGACGUUAUUGAGCGUCCUAUUCGCACCUUACACCCAAUCCUACCGGAAGAAAAACUGGAAACUCUCCCUCCUCAUGUGCAAGCCUGUGUGGAGUGUUACACCUCAAACUGGAAAGUCGUUAGAUACAACCAUAGGAAUCUCAGUAGUAGUGUUGCUACCAGAUCCAACCCCUCUAAAAGCCUCCAGAGCCCCAAACAAGAAUUCGAAGUUGAUUUCCAGCCCAACACUUUUGAAACGAGUGAAUCAGACUUGUCGAUUUCAAGUAGUAGUCGUCAAAGUAUUGCUUCGUUGGUGUCAAGCUCCUCAUGUGGGGAUACUUUAACACCUAGAAACUCAUGGGCGUCGCUGGAUUUACGUCACUCUGCCGGGGAUCCCCUCAUUCCGGAAAUACUCGAGCAAAAUGCACCGGAAACCUUAGACCAAUUGAAUGAAAGUCGGCGACAAACUGAGAGACAAGACGGGUUAUUCGCCCUAUGUUCGAAUCUUGAUAAAGAAGCAGGGGAGCCGAUUGAACGCCGAUUACCAGCAACCCCACCGGCCGAGCCUUUGGGGCACCGAAUCCUCGUCAAGUGCCACCAAUUAACGUUGGACCUUGAAGUAGAGCCGAUGUUUGCAUCUAUGGCUAUUUAUGAUUGUAAAGAACGCAAAAAAUUAUCGGAAACUUUCCACUUUGAUUUAAAUCCAGAAGGUUUAAAACGCAUGUUAGGAGGUCAUGUGCCUUAUAGUGACACUAGUACCCUUGCAAGGGGCUGUAUUUUCAACAUAACAAAUCCCUCACCUGAUUUAUUUCUAGUAGUGAGACUAGAGAAAGUCCUUCAAGGCGAUUUGAAUGAAUGUGUGGAGCCCUACAUGAAAGAAGAGAGGAAUCGUGAUAAACUUAAAGCAAAUGCUGUUGCGGUUUGUGAACGUUUGGGGAAGUACAGACAAGCAUUUGCAUGGACAGGAAUCUAUUUAAUGAAUGUUAUAAACGGGGGGAAUUCAUUGGAACGUGAAACGGACUCGUUUAGUUCAAAUUCAACAACAAAUAGUUUAGACCGUAAAUUGGGGAGCAGUAGUUUGGAACAGUUACGUAGAAGAGCCACAGACAUGGGGAGCUUAACUCGGCGAGGUUCACUCGAACGCAGAACAGAUAAAAGACGUUCAUGGUCACCUGAUCAUCUAGCUUCAACUUUGGAAACUUUCCGACCGAUUACCCUAACCGUUUCUUCGUUUUUUAAACAAGAAGGUGAGAAAUUACGCGAUGAGGACCUCUACAAGUGCCUUCACGAACUAAAAAAACCAACAACAAUUCUAAAAAAAUUAAAAUGCAUUCCUGCAACUUUAAAAUUAGAGAUUGCACCAUGUCCCGGUGAAUACAAAAAUUGUCUAACAACGGAAUUAAUGAAACUGUAUCCGUACCCUGAUGAUAAGGGGAGACCAAUUAAAGAGUUGCUUGAAUUUCCGAUUAAAGAUUUACUCGUGCCUCAUUACAACUAUCGAAAUUUGUUGUUUGUGAGUCCGAAAGAAUUGAAUUUUUCUAAUAGGGCCGGAUCGGCGCGGAAUUUGGCCGUAAGAGUGCAAUUAAUGGCCGGUGAGAGCGAAAAUUCGGCUUUGUGUAAUAUCUUUGGCAAGUCGAGUUGUCCAGAAAUGACCAAUGAAGCCUACAGUGUUGUGACUUAUCACAGUAAAAAUCCCUUCUUUUAUGAUGAAAUUAAAAUCAAACUACCGGCCGCCUUAUCUGAUAAUCAUCAUUUAUUAUUCACGUUUUAUCACAUUUCGUGUCAGAAAAAAGUGGAGCAAUCGUCGGUUGACACUCCAGUUGGAUAUACAUGGCUUCCUCUAAUCCGUGAUGGUCGAUUGAUAAGUGGGGAGUUUUGUCUCCCGGUGAUGUUAGAAACGCCUCCAAAAAACUACAGUUAUAUACCCCCUGAUGUGUACUUACCUGGUACCAAAUGGUUGGAUAACCAUAAAGGGUUGUUUACGGUCCAUUUAGACUCGGUUUCAUCAGUCCAUACACAUGAUUCGGCUGUUGAAAGGUUUCUAGCGGCUUAUGAUUACGUCCAUACUGGGGUUAUACCCCCUAGGUUGGGGGAAGCCGGCUUAGAAAACGAAUUACGAGCGGCUUUAUUAGGCCUAGCGGGGGCUAAACCCGAAACAAUUGUUAAAAAUCUACCAUUAAUUUUCGACAGUCUAUUAGAACUUUUAGUACAACCUCCACGAAUCUCAGGACACACUUUAAACAUCGGUCAGACAACUUUUGAGGCAUUUUGCUUACUGCUAGAGAACAUUUCGAAACUUGACUUAUCGACCGAUCAACACAACCGUAAUGCCCUUCUUGUGACGUACAUCCAUUACCAAUGCAACCUCCCUCACCCCCUUUCAAGUAAUCACAGUUCUCCCGAUUGGGAGGAGGGGCCUUUGACUCGUAGUAAUUCGAAUCCGGACCUGGAAGUGGCCCAUUUACAACAAUCACGUGGUUUGGAUCGGGCUGCAAGUAUGCGAGUCCCGAACAAUGAUCAAAUCAGUUCAAACACUUGUCAGAAGAUCGUCCAUCAUGAAAUCGCCCUUCAAUGGGUGGUUUCCAGCGGUCGUAUUAAAGACUUGGCCAUGCAAAAUGCCUGGUUUUUGUUCGAAUUGAUAACGAAAAGUAUGGUCGAGCAUUUGGCGCAUACACGUAGUUUGGAUGCGCCACGAAAAAUCCGCUUUUCUGAGCAAUUUCUCGAUGAUAUUUUCUCACUAGUGCAUACGAUCACCGCUGAGAUAAUCUCGCAUUCGACUAGUGACAUCAAACGGGCGCAUUUACUAAAUGCCGCGUUGGCGUUUUUCUUCUUUGAUUUGUUGUCGGUUUGUGAUCGAGGAUCGGUUUUUAAUGCGAUUCGCUACUAUAAUAAACAAUUGCAAGCAAAGAUAAUGUCGAUGCAAGAUGCUGGGGUUUUGGUCGAAUUAAAAUUGGAGUGUGCAAGGAUUGUGUGUAGUCAUGAGCAUUACGUCGCUUUGAAUUUACCAUUUGCUACGCCGUUUAUGGUGACGGGGCUUUCGGUGUCCCCCAGUCCAAGUGUUACAAGUUCGACGAGUCAGAAUUCGUUUUUAUCAGGACCACCAGCGAGUCAAGAACGAGUUAGUACCUUUGCAGAGUUAUCACCAGAGUAUCGACAACAUCAUUACUUGACUGGAAUUGUCCUAACUGAUGUUGCAAGUAUUCUCCUUGAUGUCAAUAAACCAAAUUUACAUGUUAAGGCUGUCGAUACGAUAAAAUCGCUAUUAUCGUGGCACGAUAGCGAUCCAAGAUACUCAACUCUUGAAGCUCGAAGACGUGUUGCAGCACUUUAUUUACCUCUUCUGAGUAUAGCAAUGGAUGUGUUGCCACUACUGCAUCGCUGGGCGUCGGACAAACCCGAUCGGUACUCAACCGAUGAUGAAACUACGAAUAUUAACCUAACUGUUGCUCUAGCAAUCGCCGGGAAAGUCCCUCCAGUUACGUGCGAUAAUCUCCAAUCGACUCGCAAGUCGGGGAUUAGCGGCGAAGUGACACGCAACCUCCUCACUUGCGUCCUCUGGGUGUUGAAGAACGUCGAACGUGAGUCCCUCUCGCAAUGGCUGGGGGAGUUAACCUCCACACGUCUUGCAACUCUCCUUCACCUCCUCGACGCCUGUACGAGUUGUUUCGAGUACAGACCGCGACGUCGUGCGCCCCCACCUUCCGGUUACGCUCACGCACAAGUAUCCCAAGACGGUUUGUCGCUUCUCGAAGAUGUGAUUUUGGGUCAGGGAUCGGCGAGAGAGAUGAUGCAACGUCGGAAAGGUGGUGUACAAAAUCCAGGUUCGGCCGAGGCGAAGCUGAGAUGGAGAAAAGAACAAAUGGCUUAUAGACCGACAACUGAUACGGUUGAUAGACCCAAAGAGGAUUUCUUCACUGAUGUGCAUCUAGAAGGCCAUUUUGCCACCGAAUCAUCGUUUAUUAUUUUGGAUACGUUGGAGAGGUGUGUGGCGACAGUGGCACAGUGGGAUUCCCAGCAGUAUUUGGUUGGGUUGGCCUUGACGGUGCUUUUGCAUGCCUUGAGCAAGAAUCAAAGUACGACGAUUUUGCCCCACUUAUUCGCAUCGCAGAGGAAUUUAGUGUUUAAGUUUCAUAGUGCCCUUUUCGACGAGGAAAGUAGCCAUUGCGCCGACCUUUGUCUCCUGUUAUUGAAACACUGUGGUUCCCAAAUCGCCUCAGUGCGUUCUCAAGCCGCCGCCUCUUUGUAUCUAUUAAUGAGACAAACGUUCCAAAUCGGAAACAAUUUCGCCCGCGUCAAAAUGCAAGUUACAAUGUCUUUGAGUAGUCUUGUGGGCACUUCGUCGUCAUUUAGCGAUGAAUCUCUUCGACGCUCCCUAAAAACGAUUCUCGAAUACGGUGAAAGAGACACCGAAUUGCAAGAAACCACAUUUCCGGAACAAGUACGCGACUUGGUUUUCAAUUUACAUAUGAUUUUGUCUGAUACUGUGAAAAUGAAAGAGUUUCAAGAAGAUCCCGAGAUGCUUUUAGAUCUUAUGUAUCGUAUUGCGAAAGGUUAUCAGAAUUCGCCCGAUUUGCGACUGACUUGGCUUGAAAAUAUGGCACAGAAACACAUGGAGAGGAGUAAUCAUUGUGAGGCGGGGAUGUGUCUCGUGCAUUCGGCGGCUCUCGUUGCUGAAUAUUUGGUAAUGUCAGAGUCGUCGCCCCAUUUACCGGCUGGAGCGGCAGCUUUGGAGCGAGUCAGUCCGAAUGUGUUGGAGGAGAGUGCGGUUUCGGAUGAUGUUCUGAGUCCGGAGAAGGAAGGGGGCUGUUUAGGGUCGCAUUUCACCGAAGCUGGACUAGUGGGGCUGCUGGAACAGGCCGCGAGUAGUUUUCAUGUAGCGGCGAUGUACGAACCAAUGAAUGAUAUCUACAGAGUGUUGAUACCAAUCGCGGAGAAUAAUCGGGAUUUCAAGAAGUUGGCCAAUAUACAUGGGAAAUUACACGAUGCCUACACGAGGAUUGAUCAGUUGCAAGGAAAAAGAAUGUUUGGGACGUAUUUUCGCGUUGGUUUUUACGGUUCCAAGUUUGGGGAUUUGGAUAGAGAGGAGUUUAUUUACAAGGAGCCAACGUUGACGAAACUUCCUGAAAUAUUUAGUCGGCUUGAGAAUUUCUAUGCUGAAAGAUUUGGGCCUGAAAACGUUAUUAUUAUCAAAGAUUCAAACAUUGUUGAUAUAAGUGCAUUAGAUCCGGACAAAGCCUACAUUCAAAUCACCUACGUUGAGCCUUAUUUUGAACAAUACGAGUUGAGAUAUCGUCAAACUCAUUUCGACAAAAAUUUCAAUAUUAAACGUUUCGUUUACGCAACCCCUUUCACAAUGACCGGGAAAGCACACGGCGAAUUGCGCGACCAAUACAAACGCAAAACGAUUCUGACCACAGCUGUGCAUUUCCCCUACGUUAAAACACGAAUCCAAGUUGUGAAUCGAGUGCAAAUCACUCUAACACCUAUCGAGGUGGCAAUCGAAGACAUUCAAAAGAAAACCAAUGAAUUGGCCGCUGCCAUUCUGCAAGAGCCCUCAGAUACGAAAAUUUUACAGAUGGUUCUACAAGGUUGUAUUGGUACUACAGUCAAUCAAGGACCACUUGAAAUGGCUUUAACGUUUUUACCGAGCGACGGGAAGGCUUUGACCAAACACCAAAAUAAACUACGGCUGUGUUUUAAAGAUUUUUGUAAAAAGUGUUCGGAUGCCUUGAAGAAAAACCGAAAUUUGAUUGGACCAGACCAAAGAGAGUACCAAAGAGAACUUGAUAGGAAUUUUAAACGGCUUACGGAAAAAUUACAACCGAUUAUUAAUCCGCAAAAUAUUACGAUUGUUUCAGCGAGCCCGCAUAAAUACCCCAAUAAUGAAUCGACUUAUUUAAGGUGGUAGAUGGGGAGACGCUGAUUUUGGAUACAGUAUUUAUUGAGUGAUUUUUUAGUAAUAUGUACAUCACUUUUGCAUUUACUAUUCAAUUAUUAUAAAAAUAGUUUAGGUACUAAUAAAUUACGCUUAAUAAUUCAUAUGGGAA